AUGCCUCUCAUCAUUGUCUCUGGAUUACCUACCUCAGGCAAGUCAACACGGUCACAACAACUUUACGAUUACCUCUCCAAGCGCAUCUCCGAUACAAAAUAUCGUCUACACCUCAUCUCUGACGAAUUCCUCUCCAUCUCCCGCACCGUUUACGACCUUUCGAGUCUCCCCGCACAUACCAGAUCUGCGAACGCAUCCGAGAAGGAUGCUCGCGCUACAAUCUACGGCGCUGUGAAGCGCGUACUUAGCGACAAGGACAUUGUGAUUCUUGAUGGUUUGAAUUACAUCAAGGGUUGGCGAUACCAACUACACUGCGAAUCUAAGGCUGUGCGCACACCGAGCUGUAUAUUGCAGAUUGGAUGUUCGGUGGAUAAGGCAAGGGAGGUUAAUGAGGCCAGGUUAAAGAAGAGAGAGGCCGAGAUACCCAAGACUGCGGAUACCGAAGAGGCGAUGCCCUUAGCUACAGCUUCUGGUGAUGCGAUCGUGGACUCUACGGAGCCAUACGAGCCCGGCAACUGGGACAACUUAGUCUUUCGAUACGAAGAGCCCAAUCCCAUGACCAGAUGGGACAGUCCUCUCUUCACGCUUAUCUGGGAGGACGACGAGGCUCAAACUAACAAGGUCUUCUCCGACCUCUGGGACGCAAUAGCUGGUGAAGCCCGCAAGGUCGUGCGCCCUAAUCAAGCAACCAUACAGCGCGGCCGCGAGGAAAGCGGUGACUACUUAUACCUUCUGGAUCGCGAGACGUCGGACGUUGUGAAGCGCAUAGUCGAAGCGCAGCGAGAGGGUGAUGACGUUGAUGAGGUGCGGAUACCAUCUGACUCUGGAGAACGAACGAUAUAUUUACCUGUGGGUAAGAAGGUUGGCUUGCCACAAUUGCAAAGGUUAAGGAGGGCGUUCAUGGGGUUGAAUAGAGGUGGUAUUGGAUUGGAGGCUGUGGGCGAUAUGAAGUCUUCACGGUUGAGAAAUACCUUUGUGACGUAUCUCAAUGAUGUGUUUGAGAAGGAUGAGUAG